GAAAUGGUGGCAUACCUUCCUCUGCCCGGUGGUCACAUCAGGCUGGCCGAGCGGUUCGUCGAUCCGGCCUUCUCGUUUACCAUGGGUUGGAAUUACUGGUACAACUGGACGAUCAUUCUCCCGGCUGAGCUCAGUGCGGCUGCUGUGCUUAUCGGCUACUGGAACGAGACGAUCAACCAGGCGGCAUGGAUCUCCAUAUUCCUCGUCGUCGUCAUCGUCAUCAACAUGUUCGGUGCUGGCGUCUACGGCGAGGCGGAGUUCAUCUUCGCGUCGAUCAAGGUCGUCACCAUCGUCGGUCUCAUCAUCCUCGGGAUCGUCCUCGACCUUGGAGGUGGGCCGAACCAUGACCGCAUCGGUUUCCGGUACUGGAAGAACCCCGGUCCCUUCGUGCAGUUCAACGGCAUUGAGGGUAACACGGGACGCUUCCUUGCUUGGUGGGCGGUCAUGACCCAGGCUGCCUUCUCCUUCAUCGGCACCGAGAUCGUUGCUAUUGCUGCUGGCGAGGCCAAGAACCCACGUCGCAACCUCCCCAAGGCGAUCCGCCGAGUUUACAUCCGUAUCCUUCUCUUCUACAUUGGCGGUGUCAUCAUCAUUGGCCUGCUCGUGCCGUCGAACAACGCCAACCUCAACCUCUCGUCAACGGCCGCGGGGUCGCCCUUCGUCAUCGCCAUUAAGACCGCUGGUAUCAAGGGCCUCCCGUCUGUGAUCAACGCUGCGCUUCUCACCUCCGCCUGCUCCGCCGCUUCGAGUGACUUGUACACCAGCUCGCGUGCUUUGUACGGACUUGCGAUGGUCGGCAACGCACCCAAGGUCUUCACUAAGACCACUAAGAACGGCCUACCCUACGUGUCCCUGAUUACGUGCGCGCUCUUCGCGACACUCGCGUACAUGGGCAUCAACAGUGGCUCAGGAACUGUCUUUACCUGGUUCUCAAACAUGACUUCUAUUGCGGGCUUGAUGACCUGGUUCGGUAUCUGCGUCACCUACAUUCGUUUCUACAAGGGUUUCAAGCUGCAGGGAUUCAACCGCGCCGACCUUCCGUACGCGUCGCGCCUCCAGCCUUUCGCAGCCUGGUACGGUCUUUGCUCGUGCUUGGUCGUCUGCUUUUUCAGCGGAUUUGCUGUGUUCCUGAAGGGCUCGUGGGACACCGCGACAUUUGUCACGAACUACCUUCCCUUCGUGCUCUUUCCCAUCCUCUACUUCGGCGCUAAGCUGUGGUACCGAACUCCGAUUGUGCCUGCGGCCGACAUGGACUUCGUCUCGGGCCUGAAGGAGAUCGAGGCGGAUACGUACGACGAGCCCGCACCUAGGAACUGGGUGGAGCGCUUCUGGUCGUGGCUGAUGUAACGAUUUGUAACGAUGCUGUGUUGUGCUGCUGGGCCUCGCGGUGUCGCGACAAUGCCGAUGCCGAUAACUUAUUAUGCGAAGUCGUCGGUUGUAAAAUGUCCAUAGACUGUAUGGUUGUACCUAUCUCAUAUAAUUCAUUUUGCUGGAAUGGCAGUGCAUUUCCUCACGC